AUGACUCCAGAACAUAAGGCAUCCUUGCACGAUGCACGUGAAGGCGACUUCAUCUUGGUCGAACAACAGGGUGGAUACUGGUACCUGCUUUGUAUCAGCGCUUUCAGACUGGACAGUGACGAUGUGAGGAUUUUGAUCAAGUCAAUACAAAACCCGACCAAACAAGAUGUCUGGAGAUACCAACAAUACGGGACGUGGCGAUUCCGACUAGAGAGCUGGUCAAGAGAUGCGUACGAUGUGAGAGCGGUGCUGAGGAAGACGGACACAUUGACCAUCAGACCGAAUGUGGAAAUCCUCAAGCAGAAACUCGGUUGUGCAUGCCUCUACGAACACUGUACCCAAGGCCUGAUCCGCAUCACACCAACAACACAAGUCGACAUCCGCUUCCGCGCCUCAGGCGAACGAACGCGCGCCCACCGGGCCCGACAAGAUCUCAGAUCUCUUUGCCCGUUCUGCAUGGGCCAAACCCUCUUCGACCAGCACGAACACCUCGCUACCCACCCCGAUCGCUAUCCCAUGGACGUCUACGCCCAGCACACCCUCGCCAUCAACUGCAAACGCCAGCAACUGAACUACGCUCCCCUGCUCACUGAUAUCGACCUCGGCACCAUGCAGCCUCUAGACCUGGCAGCGCCGCCUCCUCUGAAUCCAGCGCUGGCGUGGAAUCUUGCAGCUAGUUUUCAAGCGAAGGAAGUUGCCAAGUCGAAAGAGCCGGCGAGGCUUUCGACGCAUGAGUUCGAGUGGUUCAAGACUGCCAAUGAACGUGUCAACAAUGAUGUCUGUGGGAUUUGUCGAGAGGCUUAUGAGGAGGGGGAACUGAUCGCGGAUCUGCCGUGUUUGCAUUUUUUUCAUGAGGGGUGUGUGAAGCAGGCUUUUGCGUCUAAGGGUGGGGCGGCAAAGUGUCCGCUUUGUUUGUGUCGGGUGGAUAGGGAGAGGAGGACGGGAGAGGGCGCAGAGACGGGGCUGGAGAGGGGGAGGAGUGGUGGGGUAGAGGAUCUCGAUGGUGAGGGAGGGCAUUCAGAUAACGAGAUGCCUUUUGUUGCGGUGCGGCAGCCUAUGCGAUCGCCGGACGUUGUUGAGAAUGCGACGAGGGUGUGGCUGGCGAGUAUGGGGCAUUGA